GAGGAGGAUGGAGUGAGAGAGGCGUGGCUGGCUCAGGCUACAGAGUGGCUUGGGGAUAAAUGCCCAGCCUGAGAGGGGGUGAGCUGACACUGUCCCAGCUGCCACCUAGACGCGAAGCUCCAUUUAAAGCCCCAGGGAAGACAUCACAGUCAUGGCCAUGCAAAAAAUUUUUGCCCGGGAAAUCCUGGACUCCAGGGGAAACCCGACAGUGGAGGUGGACCUGCACACAGCCAAGGGUCGAUUCCGAGCAGCUGUGCCCAGUGGAGCUUCCACAGGCAUCUAUGAAGCACUAGAACUAAGAGAUGGAGACAAGUCGCGCUACCUGGGAAAAGGAGUGCUGAAGGCUGUGGAGCACAUCAACAAGACUCUUGGUCCUGCUCUGCUGGAAAAGAAACUAAGUGUUGUGGAUCAAGAAAAAGUAGACAAAUUUAUGAUUGAGCUGGAUGGGACAGAGAAUAAGUCCAAGUUUGGGGCCAAUGCCAUCCUGGGUGUGUCCUUGGCUGUGUGUAAGGCAGGAGCAGCUGAGAAGGGGGUUCCCCUCUACCGACAUAUUGCAGAUCUUGCAGGGAACCCUGACCUCAUACUCCCAGUGCCUGCCUUCAAUGUGAUCAAUGGGGGCUCCCAUGCUGGAAACAAGCUGGCCAUGCAGGAGUUCAUGAUUCUGCCAGUGGGAGCAAGCUCCUUCAAGGAAGCCAUGCGCAUUGGUGCUGAGGUCUACCACCACCUCAAGGGGGUCAUCAAGGCCAAGUAUGGGAAGGACGCCACCAAUGUAGGGGACGAGGGCGGCUUUGCACCCAACAUCUUGGAGAACAAUGAGGCCCUAGAGCUGCUGAAGACAGCCAUUCAGGCAGCUGGUUAUCCAGACAAGGUAGUAAUUGGCAUGGAUGUGGCAGCUUCUGAAUUCUAUCGCAACGGAAAGUAUGAUCUUGACUUCAAGUCACCUGAUGAUCCUGCCCGGCACAUCUCUGGGGAGAAACUUGGAGAGCUGUACAAGAACUUCAUCAAGAACUAUCCUGUGGUCUCCAUUGAAGACCCCUUUGACCAGGAUGACUGGGCAACAUGGACCUCAUUCCUCUCGGGGGUGGACAUCCAAAUUGUGGGGGAUGACCUCACAGUUACUAACCCCAAAAGGAUUGCCCAGGCUGUUGAGAAAAAGGCCUGCAACUGCCUGCUGCUGAAGGUCAACCAGAUCGGCUCAGUGACGGAAUCCAUCCAGGCCUGCAAACUGGCACAGUCUAAUGGCUGGGGCGUGAUGGUGAGCCACCGCUCUGGGGAGACUGAGGACACAUUCAUUGCUGACCUUGUGGUGGGACUCUGCACAGGACAGAUCAAGACUGGUGCCCCCUGCCGCUCAGAGCGUCUGGCCAAAUACAACCAGCUCAUGAGGAUUGAAGAGGCUCUUGGGGACAAAGCUGUCUUUGCUGGACGAAAAUUCCGUAAUCCAAAGGCCAAAUGAGAAGCUGGAGGCUCCAGGAUUCCAGAGGAAAGACGCUGGCCUUUAAACCCUUCUCCAUUGAAUAAAUAAUGAUGCCAAACAAGA